UCUACAGAAGGAAAAAAAUAAUAUGCCCAAAGACAGUCAAAUCAUCGUGUCAAUGAUGGAGGAUCUAGGAAUUGUUGAAUAUGAUCAACAAGUCUUAAAUCAUUUUUUGGAGUUUAACUACAGAUACACUACUCAAUUAUUGGAAGACGCUAAGGCAUUGUCAAACUCGGCGGAAAAGAAGAAUGUUGAUGCUGACGAUGUGAAACUAGCAAUUCAAAUGGCGCAAGGCGGAGUGUUUCCUGGACCUCCUCCGCGCAAAGUAUUAACGACAGCAGCCAUCGAAGUAAAUAAAAUGCCAUUACCCCCACAAAGGCAUGCCAGUCAACUGCGAAUUUCACACGAUAGUCCAAAUUCCGUAAAGACAAAAUACAGGCUUAGAUAUGAAUCGGUAAUAUUUUAUUUUGAGUAGGUACUUUGUUAAUUG